AUGGGAAACUUACUUCCUUCCUAUCUUUCAUCGUUCACUCGUUCCUCUAUUCUCAAGGUACUCUCAAAGAUCGAAUAUGGACGAUUGAAUAUGACGAUGAAAGAUCGUGGUGAGACGGAACCACAAGUCUUUGGUAACACAUCUUUGAAAGACUCAUCUGAACCUGUUUGUUCGAUUACUGUUAAUAGUCCAAAUGUUUGGACCCGAAUGUCAAUUAAUGUCGAUCUGGGUUUUUCCGAAGCUUACAUGCUGGGAGAACUGGAUUGCGAUGAUCUGGUAGCUCUCGUCUCCAUUUACAUUCGAAAUUACGCUCUCUUUGGAACCGGUAACAUUUUCCUGCAAAUAAUUCCCCGUAUUCAAAAAAUUCUCUUCAAUCCCUCGAAUGACAGUAAACGCGCUCUCGAAAAUGCUUCAUCCCACUACGAUACCUCAAACGCACUCUUCUCUUCUUUUCUAUCAAGAGAUAUGAGCUACUCAUCCGCCAUAUGGGAUACCACGGGCAAAGAAGAAACUCUCGAAGAAGCACAGAGAAGAAAAGUGCAUCAUAUUAUUGACCAAGCAUGCAUUAAGCCAGAACAUCACGUCCUCGAUAUUGGAGGUGGAUGGGCAUAUCUGGCUAUUGAAGCUGUGAAGAAAACCGGUUGUAGAGUUACGGUCACAACACUUUCAGUCGAGCAAAAGACUCUAGGUGAGAAGAUGAUUGAGGAUGCUGGGUUGAAAGAUCGAAUCGAGAUAUUGCUCUGUGAUUAUAGGAAAACCCCAAAGCCCAGUCCAGCAGGAUUUGAUAGAGUCAUCAGUGUCGAGAUGAUAGCGCAUGUUGGGAAGGAGUAUCUGGACAUUUAUUUCAGGGAAAUUAGCGAGUUAUUGAAUCCAGAGCAUGGAAUAAUGGUGAUUCAAGGGAUAACCACCAACAACCAGCGUUUUCACGAAACUCGAUCUAAGGUCGAUACAUUUAUUGAGCGCUAUAUCUUUCCAGGAGGAUAUCUGUCAUCUGCAACAGAGCUGAUUGAACGUCUCGAUACAGGGUCUGCAGGAUCUCUAGAGCUUGAAAGUGUACAGAGUAUAGGCCCUCAUUAUGCGCGGACCUUGCGUCUCUGGAGAGAGAACUUUCUCGCCAAUUGGGAAACGACGAAGUCGCUGUAUGUAAAAGAAAGAGGAGAUAUGACGGCCCCGGAUCUCGAAGCUUUUCGAAGAAGAUGGAUUUAUUACUUCAGUGCCUGUGAGGCGGGGUUCCGAGCCGGUAUUCUAGGGGUCUACAUAGUAACAGCAAGAAGAACACAAGUCUUGUCUCCGAGUGGAAUGGUGCCCCUUUGA